UUGGGUAAUUAAUUAGUUGGAUCCGGUGAAGAUGAUGAAAUUAUUGGUUGUUGUUCUGGCAGUCGCCGCCGCAUACGGGGAGGAGAUCCCUGCGGCUUCGACCAGCGCCUAUGGGUACCUGGCCAACUCUGUGGCGCAUGCUGAGAAGCUGCGAGCCUCGGAGGAGACCUACCUCGCCCAGCAGAGGAUCGUUGGUGGCCUGCCCGCUAACCUUGGACAGUACCCGUACCAGGCUGGUCUCCUGAUUGACAUCAUCGGUUUGGAGGGUAGAAACGGAGUGUGCGGCGGUUCCCUAAUCAGCGCGAACCGCGUGAUCACCGCUGCGCACUGCUGGUUCGACGGCCAGAACCAGGCCUGGAGGCUCACCGUCGUGCUCGGCUCCGUCACCCUCUUCACCGGCGGCAACAGGCAGCUGACCAGCGAAAUCGUCGUCCACCCCAGCUGGUUCCCUCUACUGGUCCGCAAUGACGUCGCUGUCAUUUACUUGCCCAACAGCGUUGCCUUCUCCAACACCAUCUCCCCCGUGGCCCUGCCGUCUGGCGCCGAGAUUGAAGAAAACUUCGCUGGCUCCGCUGCCAUCGCUUCUGGAUUUGGACUUACUGUUGACGGUGGUUCCAUCAGCCAAAACCAGUUCUUGAGCCACGUGACCCUGAGAGUGAUCACCAACUCCGUGUGCCGCCUCCUGUUCCCCUUGGUCCUGCACGACACCAACAUCUGCACCAGCGGCAUCGGAGGCGUCAAUGGCGUCGGCACUUGCCAGGGCGACUCCGGCGGCCCUCUCGUCAUCAACAGGGAGAACCGGCCUCUCUUGAUCGGUGUGACCUCCUUCGGAAGCGCCUUUGGUUGCCAGGCCAACUUCCCCGCUGCCUACGCCAGAGUCACGUCAUACAUCGACUUCUUCAACCAGAACCUCUAAACGAAUCCAACGAAAUAUGUUAUGGAGAUGGAAUUUGAAAUGCAAGUUGCAAACUGAUACGGCUAAAACAAAGCAAUAAAUUGCGAUUAAGUUAA